AUGCUUGUAACGCGUCAAGAUGAUACAGUUGUGGAUGCCGAUGAUAUCGAUAUCGCAUUCUUUCUGGUAACUGUGGACCUAUGGUCAGAAUCCGGAACGGAAGAAAUGAAUCUUGUACUCCACCCAUCUUCGGGUGGGCAUGCAACAAGUUCAUAUCCAAAUCGACGAACGAAACGACCCCCCACCACUGCAUACAGCGCACCGCCACCUAGCCAUUAUGAUACACAGUCCUCGACACCCGCGCCAGCACCAACUGGAUAUCCUCCUCGGCAUGAGGGCCCUUACCCGCCCCGUGGACCCGAAGAAAAUGCGGGAUACCCCCAACGCCCAGACGCAGCGUACGGUGGUCCAAGACCCGAAGGAGCUGGAUAUACAGGGCGCCCAGAUGACUCGCAUACACAAACUCAAUACGCCAAUGCAUAUGAGGAUCCCCGGGGGAACUGGCCACCUCACUAUCCACCACCAGCGGGUCCAAGCGGAGGCAGCACGGCGCCGCCUGGCCCUGCCGCGGAUCACUCACAAUAUCAAACGUUGCCACCAAUUGGAUCCAUAAUGGCGUCGCCUAGCCCUAAUCCUCAACAUGCGCCACACCCUCACUCACAUCCCCACUCACACCAGCGCCCUUACCCACCACCAGCACCAGCACCUGGACAAUGGAAUUACGGCUCGCAAAAUCCUGCGUACAUCGACCCAGCACUACAGCAACCUCCACACAUGCAGCCCCCACACGGCCAACCCCCACCUGUGCCCGCCCCAGGACCCGCCUACUCAGAAGAGGGUGUGUAUCCUAGCAAUGCCCCAGGAGCUUCGUAUUAUGUACAAACACCUGCGGCGCUUCAUGGAGCGGCGACUACCCAACACGACGGCUCGAGUGCAACGAACGGGCAAUAUACUCGUACCCUGGUUGGCCCGCUUUCUGCUAACGCAUCGCGUCUCGUAGAUGCAGAAAAUCAGCCUGGUAUAUUCUUCCUAUUCCAAGACCUCUCAGUACGUACCGAGGGCACAUUUAGGCUACGUAUGAGGCUGAUGAAUGUUGGAGCGCAUCCUGCUCCCAAUGCACAUGCCACACAUGUCACCACCACAUCUGCACCGGUCCUCGCCCAAACAUUCACCGACCCGUUCACGGUCUACUCCGCGAAACGGUUCCCCGGUGUACCUGAAACGACGCCACUGUCCGUUGCCUUUGGAACGCAGGGGCAAAAGCUUCCGCUACGUAAUCGUAACCCUGGUACAUCGAGUAAAAAAGGGGGGCGUAAAAAUCGUGGAAAUGGAAGCGAUUCGGAAGGUGACUCCGAGGGGGGUGACUCGGAUGACUCUCGCGGUACUGGGUGA